UGGAAGAAUGCCUAAAAAUUUCAGGCAGUUCAACGUGAUUCUUGGCGCAGCCGCAGGGAAGUAAGAGCUUCCUAUGAGUGUUCUUGCGAGAAAAUGAGCUUUUUAGGAUUUGGACAGUCCACCGACAUAUUUGUUGAUUUAGAAGGCUCGGACAAGCGAAAGCAAAUUGAAGUGCGAAACGAGGAUGGGAGAAAGGAAAAAUUGCUCCUAUUUUAUGAUGGCGAAACGGUCAAAGGAAAGGUAAAAGUGAACUUGAAAUAUCCAGGAAAGUUUGAACACCAUGGAAUAAAGAUUGAACUGUUUGGACAAAUCGAAUUGUUUUACGAUCGUGGUAAUCACUAUGAAUUUACAUCACUUGUAAAGGAACUGGCCCGACCUGGUGUAAUGACUGAAAAUGCAUCAUUUGAUUUUGAAUUUCUCAAUGUUGAAAAGCCAUAUGAAACAUAUACUGGUACAAAUGUGAGGUUAAGGUAUUUCUUAAAAGUGACAAUAAGUCGAAGACUGACAGAUGUAAUUAAAGAAAUGGAAAUUGGUGUCCAUACUUUGUCAAGCUACCCAGAAAUCAACACAAGCAUCAAAAUGGAAGUUGGCAUUGAGGAUUGUCUUCAUAUUGAAUUUGAAUAUAACAAAUCCAAGUAUCAUCUCAAGGAUGUUAUUGUUGGCAAAAUCUAUUUUUUACUUGUUCGUAUCAAAAUCAAACAUAUGGAAGUUGCGAUCAUCAAACGUGAAACAACAGGAACAGGUCCUAAUUCUUAUAAUGAAAGUGAGACAAUAGCAAAGUAUGAAAUAAUGGAUGGCGCACCAGUUCGAGGUGAGUCUAUUCCUAUCAGGCUGUUUCUUGCUGGGUAUGAUCUAACACCCACAUUUAAAGAUGUGAGUAAAAAGUUCUCUGUAAGAUAUUAUCUCAAUCUGGUUCUCAUUGAUGAGGAAGAAAGGCGGUAUUUCAAACAACAGGAGGUUACUUUAUGGAGAAAAGGGGAAUUAAAGCGACGACAGCAUCCUGUUUUCGUCACCGACAAUGAUUUUAAGGGCAACGAAUCUCAAGACAAUGAUAACAAGCAAUAAUGUAAAAUACACUCUGAAAAGCGUUUUUACGAAGACGAAAUCAUCACAUUACUUUGCAACAUGGCUAUAUUGAUGAUAUGACUUAUGAAACGUGCUCUAUAUUUGAAGGACAGCGGUAUGAUUAACACGUGUGCAAGCAGUGACAGGCAAGUACUAUUGUUAAAUGUAUUGAAAUAUGUAUUGUAAUUUUACUCGUAGACAAGGUACAUGCGUGGUUACACGUAUGUAAUUGGUUAAAUCACGUGGUUACACGUAUGUGAUUGGUUAAAUCACUUUGUGUGAUUAUACUUGAACUAUUUAUGUAUCAUCUCUGCCUUGACUAACCGUUAUGGCACGAUAUGAACCUUCUGCACAAAAUUUUAAUGUUUCCUUCUUACGUAUGUUCUCUCAACAUUAGUGUUGUGAAGAAGUGAGCUAUUACGAAAACCAUUUUAAGGUACUGGUCAUAGUGUCGCUUUGUAUUCUUUACAAUUGCUAAUAUAAUUUAAAAAGGUAAAAUUUAUCAUGUUCUGCAUGUAAGUACGUAUUAGACAACGAUGGAUUAAUCGUAAAUCACCAUAAAAAAUCGUUACAUGUUGUAAAUUAAAAUAAUUCAACAAACGAA